AUGAGCAAGUCUUCGCUACUUUCGUUUGAUGCGUUUGCAAAGACGGAGGAGGAUGUGCGCGUGCGUACUAAGGCAGGUGGCAUCAUUUCAUUAGGUUGUAUAGUAGUUACACUGUUACUGUUGUUUAAUGAAUGGUCACAGUUUAAUACCGUUAUACAAAGACCACAAUUGGUGCUUGAUAGAGAUCGCAGGUUGAAGAUGGAUUUAAACUUAGAUUUUGAAUUUAGUAAUAUGCCUUGUGCUAUGCUAAACCUUGACGUCAUGGACACUUCCGGCGAAGUUCAGCUUGACUUACAAGAUGCAGGUUUUACCAAGACCAGGCUGGAUCAUUCUGGUACACCAAUCAGAACAGAGAAGUUAGAAGUGGGUAGCAAUAAGGCCGUGCACUUACCUGAUGAUCCUAAUUACUGUGGUUCGUGUUAUGGGUCGAAGUCUCAAGAUAAUAAUGAUGCUUUGCCAAAAGAACAGAAAGUUUGUUGCCAGACGUGCGAGGAAGUUCGUGAAGCUUAUUCUGAAAAAGGGUGGGCGUUUUUCGAUGGCCAGAAAAUUGAACAGUGUAUACGAGAGGGGUAUGUGGAGAAGAUCAAUAGCCAGUUGCACGAAGGAUGCCGUGUUAAGGGUAGUGCCAAGUUGAACAGAAUACAAGGUAAUAUACACUUUGCACCUGGCAGAACAACUAAUUCCGGUAAGAGAACUCACACCCACGAUGUUUCUCUAUAUGACACUCACAGUCACCUGAACUUUAACCAUAUUAUCCAUAAGCUAUCUUUUGGAUCCGACGCCGAUGGCGCCCUCUCAAACCCUCUUGACGGACACAAAAACAUUAUACAAGGUGACGAUGCACACUUCAGCACUUUUUCCUACUUCACAAAAAUCGUCCCUACCAGGUACGAAUACCUAGAUGGCCGUAAGCUCGAGACCACCCAGUUCAGUGUUACCACACACUCUAGACCUCUAAAAGGCGGCAAAGACGACGACCAUCCAAACACUAUUCACCACCGCGGAGGUAUAGCGGGCGUCACCAUUUUCUUCGAAAUGUCUCCCUUGAAAGUCAUCAAUAGCGAAAAGCACGCAAUUACGUGGUCCGGUUUUGUAUUGAACUGUAUUACUAGCAUUGGAAGUGUCCUCGCCGUGGGAACCGUCAUUGACAAAAUUACGUACCGCGCUCAGCGUUCGAUAUGGGGAAAGAAAUCCCAAUGA